AUGAUUGUUUUGAUUCUUCCAAAAGAAUUGCGAUGCCAAUCUUGUCGUUUCAAAAAGUGCAUCGAGGUUGGAAUGAAUUCAAAGGCCCUGGAAUUAAAUGAAACGGAGAAAGAAGCGCUGAACUUCAAGAAGCUCGCUGAGCUUGAAAAAGAAAAAAUCCCAACAAUACAAACCAUAAUCUCUAAAGAGAAUUUAAGCAAGAAUAUCAUCGACAUGUUAUGUUACCUGGAAUUGAAAAUAGAUCAAUUCAAGAACUCUGCCUACAACCCAUCGAUUAUAGACUGGAUGAAAACAACCGAAGAACUUGUCACCAGAGAAAACAAAUUAAGUUUAGCCGAUCAUCUUGGGCCAAUGAGCGGAUGGCCUAUCAAUAGGAAAAUGGAACUUCCGAAGGUAUCGAGAAUGCGAGAUGUUCCCGACAUAGACAUGAAGUACAGUGGAUCGACUGCUCGGCCAGUACCAUCCCCAGCCAAUCAAAAAAUGUGGAUGUUCUUCAAUAUGAUGACAUUUAUUGAAUACGCUAAGACGUUCAAGUUUUUCCAAAAACUGGACUUGAACGAUCAAUUAGUUCUGAUUGGACAAAACACGCUUCUUUGUAUGAAUCUUCAUAAUUCGUACUAUGCGGUGUCAAGAAAAAUGGAAAAGUGUGUGCAUCCGGAUGGGACGGAGCAACCGCAAAGAGACGAGUACCAUUACCCGGUUGUUUCAAUGGCACUUGCUCCUUUGAUUCGAUGUGAUAUUCAACUGAUUGAAUACAUCUUACUCAAAGCAAUUAGCCUAUGCAAUCCUACUGUACAUGGAUUAUCGGAACAUGGACAAACUAUUAUCGCAAAAGAGCGCCAGCAGUUUUCGGAUGUCCUUUUAGAUCAUUGUCUAAGAAAUCGAUCAUAUGGACCGAGUAGAUUCGUGGAACUUCUUGAAAUCAUUUCAGUUUUAGUUCGCCAACAAAGACUGCAAAAGGAUAUUCAUAUUUAUCAUAUUUCGCCAAUUAUCUCUAAAUUUCCAUUUUCUGUCCAGUUUUUGGAUGAGAUUAUGUAUUCGUAG